GUGGUGAAGUGCAAUACAUGAAGGCUGUUGCAUUUUAGCCAUUUCCAUUCCUCCUGUCAGUCAUUAUCUGCUCUGAGCAGGUAUCACAAAUUGAAAGAGUUGAGACCAAGAUGGAACGUUUGCUACUGUCACUGGCUAUCUUUCUCAUCAGCACAUCAGCUGUUCAAGCCCAAUUGGCAUGCUUCACUGAUUCUGACUGUGCUACUCCUGUUGUGGGGGGAUUUUCUUCCAAUGCUGAGGACUGUUGUGUCAAUAAUGAUGCUGGAAUGUCUUACACUACUAGUGAUGGUGGUCAAUGCUUCCAGUGCAUAGUGUACGGCUUUGGCUCGGACACCUUCACUAAUCCAGAGGCCCAAUUUCCUUAUAAUGUUCCGUUUGCAUACUUCAAGGGUCCAUCUAAUGCACAGCUUAGGAUGGCCAUUGACUACAAUGGGGAAGGAACAGCUUCAGAGGAGGAGUUUGGUAUAGGUCAGAGUGUUGUUUCUCUACCUCUCAACCCUGGCGGAACUACCUCCAUCACCUUCCAAGCAGACAGAGUGGCAUUGGAACCAGAUGAGACUUUUGUGUUGGAGUUGGCACUGCUUAAUGUGGCCAAUGCUAACCGAGCACUUUUUGAUUCAUCUUUGCCAAAUGUUUUCUUUCGGAGUAGGCAGGAGUUCAUUAUACAGGAUAGCACAGCCCUCGUUUUUCGGCUGAGAGAAAGCGACAGAGUUGUGGAUGAGGGUAGAAGAGAGAUCGCCGUUGAGGUGACAGUGUCCAAUGAGGUAGAACUGGCCUCCGAUAUCUCACUAGUUCUGACACCCAUGAUCGCUACUGAAGAUUUUAGACCUCUACCAACUACCAGACCAUUUGCAAGAGCUAACACUAUUGAAGGCAGGAUAGAUUUCUUUACUACACCCAUCACACUGAAUUUUACUGCUGGUGGAGAGAUUCUUUUGGCUGGAGAUGUACUGAUAUAUGAUGAUCUAAUUGACGAAGCCUUGGAGUAUUUUGUGGUUACUUUAACUUUUCAAGAUCCAGAUAAUGUGCCACCAUUAGCUUCAAUUGAAAGCAAUGGCGGCGAUAUAAUUCGCAUCGACAUUAUAGACAACGAUGAUAUCUUUAUUGGAUUUGCCCUACCAAAUACAACAUAUCCAGAGGUAGAAGCUACUCCUAACAUUCAAAUUAUCAAAGGAGCAGGCAAUGUCACUGAACAAACCAUCAGCUUUGUGGUUAAUUUGUUCCAAACUGCUCCAGAGGGACUUGGAACUGCAACUCCCUCAGCUGGCGGAGAGGACAAUGAUUUCUUUAUUCCAUCAUCAACUUUGCGAUCAAUAGAACCAGAGGAGAAUAAUGUGUUUGUAGAUUUUGAUAUAUUUGCGGACGAACUGCCUGAGAUAACAGAAGCUGCUCAACUCAGACUAAGUCUACCCACUGAUGGAAUGUUCCCAGGGUUUGAGACCCUCCCCCAAUAUCCCGAAUUCUUCAUCAUUAUUGAAGAUGAUGACCGAUUCCGCAUUGGCUUCGAGCGAACCUCGUACAUAGUUAACGAAGGAAUUGGAACGCAGGAAGUGUGCGUGGUAAUGUUUGAACCUCCAGAAAACACUCCAUUAGGAACAUUAACCGUCAGUAUUGGAGUUGAAACUGUACGAGGCACAGCAGAUGGAGAUGACUAUACGGAAGUGACCGGAGCCCGUUUCGCCUAUUUUUUGUUCUUUAGUGAUACUAGUCGUCGAAGUUGCUUCAUGGUUGAGAUAACAGAGGACAACCGUUACGAAUUUGAAGAGCAGUUUUCUCUGCGAUUUAUUGAACUUGAAGGCACUAGUUUACCUGACAACCUUGUGCUCGAUCCAGCUCGCAGUAACAUCACAAUUUUGGACGAUACCGAGGUGACUGUUGGUUUUAUCAACCCGCCAUACUCUGCCAGGGAGGACGAAGGACCAAUGAUAUUCACUGUGGGAGUAACUAGUGGCCAUAUAUUAGACAGAGAUAUUGAGUUGUCCUUCUCAACUGUGGACGGUUUGAUAGCAGAUUUUGCUGCUAUGGCUGGUGUGGACUACACUUCGAUUAUGAACAUGCCAAUCAUUCUGAGCGCAGGCAUGCAAACCAUACAGAUCGCAGUUGAAUUGAUCAAUGAUACAAUAUUUGAGAAUAAUGAAAUGUUUCAAGGUACACUAACCAUCAUUAGUGGGGAGAGAGUGUCCCUGAGUCCAGGCACUGCCAACGCUACCAUCAUCGAGGACGAAGUUGUUUGUCAAGAGUUGGAAUUGCUUGUUAAUGGUCGUAUUGAGUACUCACCUGACACGAUGGCUCCAUACCUCGAGGGAACUAACGCUGAGCACAUCUGUUUCCCUGGGUUCGUUCUUAUCGGAAAUGUGAUCAGAGUUUGUCAGAGUGACAGCACUUUCAGUGGAGUACCACCAACGUGUCAACCCAUUCUGUGUAAUCCCCUCGAUGGAAUUGAGAAUGGAGUCAUCACCUACGCUCCCGACACCACACCUAACUAUGAUCUGAGCACUGUGGCUACUUAUGCCUGUGACGCUGGGUAUUUUCUUGACCUCUCCCUAGGGGGAUCUGAGACUAGAACUUGUGUGGAUGAUGAGGACAAUGAUGCAGAGGGAGUGUUUAGUGGACAAGCUCCAAUAUGUAUCCCUAUUGAGUGUCUUCCCCUCGACCCUAUUAUCAAUGGAGUUAUCACCUACGCUAUCGACACCACACCUAACUAUGACCUGGGCACUGUGGCCUUUCACGUCUGUAACCCUGGGUUUUUUCUGGACCUCUCCCAAGGGGGAUCUACCUUUAGAACUUGUGUGGAUGAUGAUGGACUGGAUGCUAUUGGAGAGUUUGAUAACCAAGCUCCAACAUGUAUCCCCAUUGAGUGUCCUCCCCUCGACCCUAUUACCAAUGGAGUCAUCACCUACGCUCCCGACACCACAUCUAACUAUGAUCUGGACACCGUGGCUACUUAUGAGUGUGACGCUGGGUUUUUUCUGGACCUCUCUCUAGGGGGAUCUGAGAUGAGAACUUGUGUGGAUGAUGAUGGACUGGAUGCUAUUGGAGAGUUUGAUAACCAAGCUCCAAGAUGUAUUCCAAUUGAGUGUCUUCCCCUCGACCCUAUUACCAAUGGAGCCAUCACCUACGCUCCCGACAUCGCAUUUAACUAUGAUCUGGACACUGUGGCUACUUAUGAGUGUGACGCUGGGUUUUUUCUGGACCUCUCCCUAGGGGGAUCUAUGACUAGAACUUGUGUGGAUGAUGAGGAUAAUGAUGCAGAGGGAGUGUUUAGUGGACAGGCUCCAAGAUGUAUCCUCAUUCAGUGUUCUCCUCUAACGGCCAUUACCAAUGGAGUCAUCACCUAUGCUCCCGACAUCACACCUAACUAUGAUCUGGGCACUGUGGCUACUUAUGACUGUGACACUGGGUUUGCUCUGGACCUCUCCCUAGGGGGAUCUAUGACUAGAACUUGUUUUGAUGAUUUGGACAAUGAUGCAGAGGGAGUAUUUAGUGGACAAGCACCAAGAUGUAUCCCUAUUGAGUGUCGUGUUCUGCCCGUUUUCACCAAUGGAAUGAUCGUCUAUGCUACAGACGUGACCCCUAACUUUGAGCUCGGUACUACAGCAACUUAUAGCUGCAAUGAGGGCUACACUUUAGAUACCUCCAUUGGUGUUGAAGUGAGGACGUGUAUUGACGAUGGAGACAAUGAUGCUGUGGGAGUGUUUAGUGACCAGGAGCCUGCUUGUGUUCGCAUUCAGUGCACCCCUCUACCUGGCAUACCAAAUGGCAGGAUUGAAUAUGGUCCAGACAUGACUCCUAACUACAUGCUUGGAACAACUGCCACUUACAUUUGCAAUGACGGGUUUUUCUUGGACUUAUCUGUCGGAAAUGAGGUCAGAACUUGUGAAGAUGAUAAUGGAUUGGACGAUCUAGGAGAGUUCACUGGCUCACAACCAACCUGUGUCCCCAUCGAGUGUCUUCUUCUACCGACCUUUACUAAUGGCAUGAUCUCCUACUCUCCCGAUAUCUCCCCUAAUUUUGAUCUGGGAACUGAUGCAACCUACACUUGUGAUGCUGGGUUCUUUCUUGAUGUAACUGCGGCUAGUCAAGUACGAACAUGUAUUGACGAUAAUGGAAUGGAUGCGAUUGGAGUGUGGAGUGGUCAGGAGCCAAGCUGUAUCCCUGUUGAGUGUUCUCCUCUAACGACCAUUGCCAACGGAUUCAUCACCUACGCUCCCGACACCACAUUUAACUAUGAUCUGGGCACUGUGGCUACUUACGACUGUAAUGCUGGGUUUGUUCUGGACCUCUCUCUAGGGGGAUCUGUGACUAGAACUUGUUUUGAUGAUUUGGACAAUGAUGCAGAGGGAGUGUUUAGUGGGCAAGCGCCAGCAUGUAUCCUUGUUUGUCAAGAGUUGGAAUUGCUUGUGAAUGGUCGUAUUGAGUACUUACCUGACACGACUGCUCCAUACCUCGAGGGAACUAUUGCUGAGCACAUCUGCUUCCCUGGAUUCGUUCUUAUCGGAAACGUGAUGAGAAUUUGUCAGAAUGACAGCACUUUCAGUGGAGUACCACCAACGUGUCAACCCAUUGAGUGUCCUCCCCUCGACGGAAUUGAGAAUGGAGUCAUCACAUACGCUGAUGACAUCACACCUAACUAUACUCUGAGCACUGUGGCUACUUAUGACUGUGACACUGGGUAUUUUUUGGACUUCUCUCUAGGGGGAUCUGAGAUGAGAACUUGUGUGGAUGAUGAUGGACUGGAUGCUAUUGGAGAGUUUGAUAACCAAGCUCCAAUAUGUAUUCCCAUUGAGUGUCCUCCCCUCGACCCUAUUACCAAUGGAGUCAUCACCUAUGCUCCCGACACCACACCUAACUAUGAUCUGGGCACUGUGGCUACUUAUGACUGUAAUGCUGGGUUUGUUCUGGACCUCUCCCAAGGGGGAUCUAUGACUAGAACUUGUUUUGAUGAUUUGGACAAUGAUGCAGAGGGAUUGUUUAGUGGACAAGCACCAGCAUGUAUCCCCAUUGAGUGUCCUCCCCUCGACCCUAUUACCAAUGGAGUCAUCACCUACGCUCCCGACACCACGCCUAACUAUGACCUGGGCACCGUGGCCACUUACACUUGCAAUGACUCCUUUAGGCUGGAUAUUAGCCAGGGAGGAUCUGAGACGAGAACCUGUAUUGACGAUUUAAAUGGUGAUGCUGUGGGAGUGUUCACUAACCUGCCUCCAAGAUGUGUCCCUACCUUGAUGACAGUCAACGAUACCGUAUCUGGAGACCCUCUCUUCUCCGUGCCACUAAACGUGCCCGACAAGACUUUGAUCAUGAAUGUUGGAGAGAACGACCCUAUUAAUCUAUGCUUCGAGGUGCACGGUGACGAUGGUGGUUUGUUCAAUCUUGUCAGUGAUGUUUGUGUCAGCGUGAAUGCUCGCUACGCUAGAGUUAUACCAAAUGAGGAUAUCAACAUCGUUGACGCUAUAUACGUGCGAGCUACAGAUGCAAAUGGAACUUGUAGGAAUAUUGAAGUUUCCCUGGGCCAGUGCAGUGCAUCUAUUGAUAACGUCACUGUCACGGAUUAUAUGAAUGCUGGAAUAACCGUUCAAAGGUUCCGCAAUCGUGUGAGGAUCGUGGUUCCCAACUGUGCCGACAUCGAUCUUGUGAUGUGGGUGUCAUGCCUGAACACAACCUUUUGGAGCAGAGCAAGCACUGACGAGAAUGAAAUCAUUUUCCACGCUAAUAAUAUUCGAUUCGUGAUUGCUAGAGGACUGGACCUUGCUGAACGGUCGCACGGAUUGCUGGGUCAAUUCUGGAACGUCCCUAUCCAAGUACAGCCCUACACUGGACCAGUGCAGGAUGGAGUCAACAGCGAUGGCUACUAUGUCGUAACAACCAACCAUCCCAACGAGCCGCCGCGAUCUUUCGUCGGCUGGCUCUGGCCUCUAACCUGGGAGUACAAGAUGGAGUACUGUCUCUAUGCUGGACAAAACCAGGCCGCUCCUCUGUACGAGAUCCUUGAUGAUACUGUCAACAGUCCGGUGAUAUUCGGGGAGUACACUGACUACAUAGUGGACUCACCUUACGCCACUGACUUCAGCUACAGCCAUUUCGAGGAGUCCAGAUGUGCAGCCUAACACAACUUUUAUGCGUGUAUAGAUUUUAGUCGAAAAAACUACAGAAUUAACAUUUAGUUUGUACGUGAGUGAAUGUGAGUAAUGCUAUAACUAGUGUUCAAGCUGGCGCUGUGCUAAUGCCUCUCGCCAUGUUUUUGCUUUCGCUUAAAAGUAUUAGAGUGUUAUAUUAGUAUUAAAGUUAGCUUAUCUAUAUAAAGUCACUGAGAAGAAAAGACUUAUUUACAUGCAUCUAUUGUUGUAUUAUGUGUAGUUCAGUGUAUAUAAUAUCUAAGACUAAGAAGAAAAGACCUGUGUACAUGCAUAUUGUUAUCUAUAUUGUUAUAUGGUAGUGUUUUGUGGCUUACCAGGCCCUCAAGACAAAGAUGAUUCUGCCAGGAGGAUCUUGGAUAUUAUUUUU